AUGAACGCGGCAGAAGAAACUUGUUAUCAGCAGGCGGCAAACCUUUUUGGCGAGUCAUUGCUCGGGUGGCACGCGGUGAAGAAACUGCGAGCCCAGCUUAAGACUGCUCUAGUCGUUGCGGAAAACGAUAACAAAAGCGGGCCGGCCAUGGAGAAAGUGCUUCGUGAUAUGUUGUCCGGCAGCGCGGCAAGCCGUCAAGACGAGGCACUGAAAGAUUACCGAGCCUUUUGCAAAAAGGCGCAUCCAAAGGCAAAGGGAAAGGACGCGGAAAUAAAAAGAGCAGCGAAGCUCGAUCGGAUAAGACAGCACUUUACCAAGAUGGCGCGUGCGUGCUUCGAUAAUACCCCUCUGUACAAAGGAUGCUGGAACAUCAUCAUAUUUUGUAAAAGCGCUACGAGCAGCUCAGAGGACGAGUCGGAGAGUAUCAGCGUUGACGACAUGACCGGGCCGGAGGCACAAGAAAUUUUCGGGCAGGUGUUCCGCAAAGUAAUCAAGGA